AUAUGACUGGUGUCUAGAGGAACAAAAGUCUGUAGAAUGUUACAUAUAGUAAAAAAGACGGCUUUAAGGUACACUUUCCAACAAGGAUUGGGUACUACUAAGCAGAAAAUUAAUUGGUUUUCAGCAAAAUUCUUUGCUUCGCCAUUUCUCAAUAGGCCAGCGGCUUCAUUUUUUCAUUCCUCAAUUACGAGACAAAACGCCGUUGACGAUGGCAGUUUUAACGAAACAGACGAAAUAUGGAGCUUAUUUAAUGGUGCAGCGGAAAAUACAUCAAAACCAACGGAAACGAAUAAUGAAUUGCUGUCUGAAGUUCCGGUUGAAGAAAAAGAUACCCCUCCAAACUUACGAGCCAGUGAGGAAAAUUACAAACAGUACGCUAAGGAUUACAACUCAGAUGAAGUUGUUUCUCAACUUGUAAAUACGAUAAUGCGACAUGGGAAAAAGGCAACUGCCCAAAAGUAUGUCAACAAGGCUUUACUGAUUGUCCAACGGGAGUUGAAUCAGAAUCCUGUUAAGGUGCUACAUGAAAGUGUCACAAAAAUAUCACCCUUAAUGAAACUUGUGACCCAAAAACGUCCGACCAAGAAUAUUCAAUUCCCGUUACCCUUAAACGAGCGACAACGCAGGCGUUUUGCAAUUGUUUGGAUGCUGGAUGCAUCAAAUUCGUACAAGAGCAAGUCAAUUUCCGAGCGACUUGCUGCAGAAAUCAUUGCCGUGCACAAUGGAACGAGCAAAUGCAUCAAACAAAAAGAACAGCUGCACCGGCUGUGUCUAAAUAAUCGUGGAAACGCACCCAUCCGGAUCUAGAAAUGCAACUUCGUGCGUACGCACAUAGGCUUUAUGAUUACGCAUAAUGAAAUUGAAUUAGUAUCUGUUUCUAUAGGAAAAAAAAGGUUAAGAAGAAGAAUCGAGAGCCGUGCCAACGAAAUAAAUUUCAAGC